CAUCAAACAACAGAAGCAGAAGCAGAAAGAAGAGAGAAAUAAAAGCAAUCAAGAAUGGCAGGCAUGAUGAAGCAAGUUGCGGUGGUGUUUUUAGUGGCUGUGGUGAUGGGGCAGAGCUGGUUGGGUCAGGCACAGGGACAGGCACAGAGCUGCUCAGCUCAGCUCAGCAACCUGAAUGGCUGUGCACCAUUUGUGUUGCCUGGUGCAGCCAGCAACCCAAGCCCAGAGUGCUGUGGUGCGCUCCAAGGUGUGCAGCAGGAUUGCCUUUGCAGCACCAUCAGAAUUGCCUCCACCCUCCCUUCUCUUUGCCACCUCCCACCUCUCUCUUGUGGCACAAACUAGAGGAGAAGGUAAAUGGAGGGAGAUUCAAAGCAAAUGAAUAAUGGUGGAGUUCUAUAAUUUGGUUUUGUUUUGUUGUCGUUUGGUUUUUUCUUUACUGUUUCUGGUGUCCUCUGAUCUGAGGCCAGGCCAAUGUUCACAGAAGUCAGGUUUAGUUGAAUAAAAUGGAAGCUUUUUUUCCUCUCUCUA